AAACCAGCAGCCUUUUUUGAUAAAUAUGACCUUAUUAUCUCAGCAGCACACUGGGCUGAUAUACAGCGUGGAAAUGAACUUCCUGUCACUCAAACACUGUCUAAAAGGCAAUAUCUUCAAUCAAUUCAUAUUUAUGAACGUACAUGCUUUUAUCAAUAAUUUUAUCAGCAAAUCCUUUAUUAGAAAACGUUUCUUGACGCAUCCCAUGGCUUUGAGAAUCUUCAAACCCUUACCACCCUUCAAACCAAACCUAGUCAGAAUUAUAAUCUAAACCAAGUAGUAAGGACUGGUUUUCUAUCAUUUGACUUUACAUUGUUCACCAAUAACGCUUCUCUAUGAUAAAGCAGUAGUUUAUAACUGCUACAAUAACAUGUUGACACCAGUGGGUCUAUUAGGUGUAAAUAUCCAUUAUUCACAUUGAUGGCUUUUAUUAAUGAAAAGGAUUCAGUACAGCUAUUACGACAUUUGUUCUUACUCUUGAUUCUAUCUUCCAGGUGUGAGAAACUACAUUUCUAUGAAGGUGCAGUCAUUUGAACCAUACCAUGACUUCUCUGACGUCUCACAGCAGCUUUUGCUGGGAGGACACAGCUGACUCUCAUUUCCUGAUUAGAGGGAUGGACCGAAAGGUGGCUCCAGGGCACACACACCAAACCAAAAGUGGAAAUUACUGAUUGAGUUGAUAUUCCAUUGUAAUAUUUUGUCUAUCGACCCAAUAUGAUCUUGCAUAGUUGUCUGGCACGGCAUCAUUAGCACAGAGGAUCUGAUUUAAUCAAGGAACCGAAUAAAGAAGACUGUUGUUUGACUGUUGCACAGCUCUGUUUGCUCCCGUGAUGAAGGCUGAUGAAGUUAGCGAGGGGAGUCUCAGACAGUGCUAAUGGGAGAUGGCCAAGGAGAGCAGACAUGUGAUAAAGAAAAUACCAACUUCAUGUGACCCAUGGCUGAGGAGUGGCUCCUAGACCAAGACAGACCUCCAUUUGUGUUGUUUUCUUCACAAAGUGCUGGUCCACUGAGGAGAAACAACCAGUCAGCCUGUCUGCUCCAGAUGAGGCUGAGCUGGUGAGGAUGCAGACCAUUAAAACGGUGGAGACCCAGGUGCCUCUGCUGAAAGAAAGUUUCUUCACCACGACUUUCAAAGGCAGGAGGAAGAGCAGCGUCACCAACCUCCUCCGCAGGCAGCAGUACUCGCUCCUGAAUCAACAGCAGCAGCAAUGCAUUCUGGAGCAUCAGCAGCUGAAUCCGAAGCUCUUUCUUCUCCCUCCCGCCGAAAAUGAACCGGGGCAGCGCACUCUGGAGCGCCGGCGCCUCGCUCGCUCCACCAGCAGCCCGUUAUGCAAGACAGAUGGGGAUGGAGAGGAGGGGCAAAAAGAGAGGAAGGAUCAGAGAGGGAGAGGGGGCGAGCGAGGAGCGAGCGGUACUGAGCCCGUGGCUGUCAGUGCCAGUCUCCUCCUCCUCUCAUCAUCAGCAUCAGUGGCGCUGGGGGAGGCAGCAUCAUCCCCACAGCUGCUUUCAACUGUGGUGGAGAGACAGCGGGGAUUAGGCGGCUCUGAAGGGGCUCAGACCAGCACUGGAGCAGCAUCAGCAGCGGCCCAGGAGGAAGCCAAUAAUGAGCAGCCUCCGCCCCAGCAUCAGGGCCUGUUAGCCAAGGGGGUCCGCCUGCUCAGGAGUAUGGGGAACCAGGAGACCAGGCAGAAGAGAGGAGGAGGAGGAGCAGCAGCGGGCGACGCUUCCUGUGACGGUGACGCUGAUGAGAGGGAAGUGGACAAAAAGGCCAAAAAGGCUCCCAAUAAGAUCAGUAGAGGAGGAGGAGGAGAGCACGGCGGCAAGAAGAAGUCCAAGUCGGAGUCGAAGGGGUCUGUCUUUUCUGGAAUGAGGAUCCGGAAGGGUUUAACCAAGGCUAAGCGCUCGUCUAAGGGCGACGUGCUGGAGGAUGGGAGGCCCUCGCGCCCCGGCCCAGCGCAGCUCCAGGCCGCGGCUCGGACCGGCCUGUCAGCUGACGUGGGCAUCGACGGAGACCUCAGCCGAGCGUCUCUGGCGGACGAGACGGGGCGGAGGACGAGCUCGGGCUCGGACGCUGACCUCUACAGCUUUCACUCGGCAACGGCGGACGCCGAGGACCUGCUGUCUGACAUCCAGCAGGCCAUGAGGGACCAGUGUGAGUCCAGCGACGGACGGCUGGCCCCCGAGAAGGUAGCGGCUCCCCGCUCCUUCGGUCCGAGCGCCGACGUGCUUGUUCUCCCCGUCAGCGACGCUAACGAGCUAAACGCUGGUAGGAGGUUAGAGGACGACAGCCGUGACGUGCCUCAGUCCUCCAAUUCAUCGGACUCCGAGUCCCCGACCUCAGCCCCGGACACAGAGACCAGCAGCGGCAGCGUCUUCCCCAAAACCAACAGCACCUACAGCUUCGCCGACACCACGGCCACCACCCCGUCCUACGAGAGCGCCGAGGAGCCGCUGGACGACGCCGACGGCUCCGUGUGGCUCCCGGUCCGGGCCCAGGCGGACCUGCCGCCUCACGGCAGCAGCAUGCGCGUGCCCAGCGUCCGCGUGGAGGCCGCGACGCCGGCGCCGCUGGGGGUCCAGAAGAGCGCGAGCAGCACGGACCUGUCGCUGGAGAGGGAGGAGGAGAAGGAGACGGGGAGGUGGGACUUCCUGUCGCUGAAGAGGAGGAAAAGCAGCAUGUGCGGCAGCCUCCUGAGCGCAGACGCCCCCGCGGGCUGUGAGCCCAGGAGGAAGUCCUCCAGCUCCUCCACCGUCAAGCUCUACCCCCCGGUCCACCCGUCCUAUGUCAAAACCACCACGAGGCAGCUCACCUCUCCCAUCGGAUCGCCCCUGACCAGCCCCCACGUGCCGAGGAAAACCGGCGGCGCCGCCGCUGCCGAGUGCGGCGCAGCCCGCGGGUUCAGGGUGCGAAAGCAGAGGUCCUGCUCCAUCGCCGGAACCUCCGGUCCGUCGUCAGAAUGGCCCCCAGAGCUGGACGUCCUGGGGGGCGGGGACCGGGCCGGGCUCCUGGAGCGGGAGGCUCCGCUGGCGGGUCACGCGGCGGGGCCGUACUGGACCCUGGGCUCCAGGCGGGCGCCGCACGGACGCCGGGCCUGCGGCGCCGCGGCCGCCGACCUGGACGUGUUCUCAGGUCGCGCGCUGCUGGACAGGGUGUCGCUGCCUGGAGGGGACGGGCCGAGCGAGGAGGAGGCGAAGGCCCUGUGCGACCGCCUGCUGACCCGGGGUCUGCUGCAGCCCUUCAGCGAGCUGCGAGGCCACGGCGGCGUCCUGUUCAGCGAGGAGCAGCUGUACACGUGGGCGUCGGUGGGCCUGCCCGUCUCGUCUCAUCUGUGGGAGCUCUACGGGGGGCGGUCCGCAGGCAGGAGACACAGCCUGAAACCCCCUUUGAAUCACUCAACAACCAAGACGCAGGGGGCGAACUCUCAGACAGAAUCCAGCACGUUGAAGUCCGGUCCGUCGUCCUUGGAGGAUGAGAGCGGCCUGGUCCCACAGCUGGAGCGGACCAUCGAUGAGCUGCGGGUUCGGGUCGCGGUGCUGCAGGGGCAGCGGGCCUCCGUGGCCACGCGCGGAGCGGACAGUGUGGAAGCGCCGGCCGACGCCCACCUCACGGCCCCGCGGGCGGGAGGAGAGGCCGCGAAGACGAGCCGGGACGCGUGGGUCCAGACGGCGCCCUCGGAGGAAGGCUCCUCCUCAUCCUCAUCCUCCGCCAGCAAACCUACACGGAGCUUCGUCUGCACCUGCCAGCAGACGCAACAGAGCAGCAGCCCUCCAGCUCACCCGCCCCCGCCUCCACCACCCUUACCAGGGGCUGUCGCGCCUCCACCCCCCCCUCCUCCUCCACCACCACCCUUACCUGGUCUUGGACCACGUGCACCAAUGCCCCCCCCUCCUCCCCCUCCACCACCAGGGUUUGCACCUCCUCCCCCCCCUCCCCUGCUUGGCUUUGGAGCGCCGCCACCACCCCCUCCUCCUCUGCCAGGUUCGGGCCCUCCCCCGCCGCCCCCUCUGCCCGGAAUGGGCCCCCCACCCCCACCCCCGCCCCCGGGCUUUGGACCGCCGCCUCCACCAGGCCCCAUGCUCUCCAUGGUGAACCAGGAAGCCGCCCCUGCCAAGGCCGCGAUAGAACCCCCCAAGCCAAUGAAGCCGCUCUACUGGACACGCAUACAGCUGCAUGCUAAGAAGCAAACUGGCUCGUUGGUGUGGGAGAAAAUCGAGGAACCAGCCGUGGACUUUGAAGAAUUUGUGGAACUUUUCUCCAAAAGUGCAGUUAAAGAGAAGAAAAAGCCAAUUUCAGACACAAUCAGCAAGUCCAAAGCUAAGCAGGUGGUGAAGCUUCUGAGCAACAAGCGCUCCCAGGCUGUGGGUAUUCUGAUGUCCAGCAUUCAUCUUGAUAUGAAGGACAUCCAGAAUGCCGUCCUGAAUGUUGACAACACGGUGGUCGACCUGGAGACUCUGCAAGCGCUGUACGAAAACCGAGCUCAAAGCGAUGAGAUGGACGGCAUCAAAAAGCACUUGAAAUCCACCAAAGACCGAGAGGAGGCCAAACCGCUGGACAAACCCGAGCAGUUCCUCCUGCAGUUAUCGCAGAUCCCCAACUUCUCCGAGCGCGUCUUCUGCAUCCUGUUCCAGUCCACUUUCCACGAGUGCAUCGCCUCCGUCCUCCGCAAGAUGGAGAUCCUCCAGCGGGUUUGUGAGACCCUCCAGAGCGGCGGCGCCGUGCGACAGGUGCUCGGCCUGGUUCUGGCCUUCGGCAACUUCAUGAACGGCGGCAAUCGCUCCCGGGGGCAGGCCGACGGCUUCACCUUGGACAUCCUGCCCAAACUCAAGGACGUCAAGAGCAGCGAUAACUCCCAGAGUCUUUUGUCCUACAUUGUUUCUUACUAUCUAAGGCACUUUGAUGAGGAUGCUGGCAAGGAGUCGUGCGUCUACCCGCUGCCCGAGCCCCAGGACCUUUUCCAGGCCUCCCAGAUGAAGUUCGAGGACUUUCAAAGAGACUUGCGCAAGCUGAGGAAAGACCUCAGCGCCUGCUCGGCCGAGACGGAGAAAGUCUGCAAACUGUCUUCUGAGGAGAACCUGCAGCCCUUCAAGGAGAAGAUGGAAGAGUUCCUCAGCCGAGCCAAAGCGGAACUGGAGACGCAGGACAAGCAUCUGGCGGACGCGCAGAAGACCUUCUUGGAGCUGAGCGUGUCGUUCUCAGCGAAGCCCAAGGCUGGAGAGAAGGAGGUCUCUCCCAACGCGCUCUUCUCCGUUUGGCACGAGUUCUCCACGGAUUUCAAAGACGCGUGGAAGAAGCAAAACAAGCUGAUCUUACAGGAGCGGGUUAAAAUGGCUGAAGAGUGCUUCAAGCAGGCCAGAGAGAAGGCUUCCUACAGCGUGAAGCCCAAACACGCAACGGGAAUAAAAGCAAAGCUGGGUCAGAAGAUCUGAGGCAGCGAGUGGAAAAUUCUAAUCACCAAGCCUGUUGCACAAGCAGCGUUUGAACAAUCUGACACCAUUCAUCUGGGUUUUUUUUACCACUUAGCAGUUACUUACUUCACGUAUUUGUUUUCAGUUGAUUUGGAGCCGUUUAUUGUCAGAUGGUUCACAGUGGAUGUUGUAAUCAAUCAAUUAAAAGGGGAAUGACGGUGUCCUCCUCCAGCCAGCGUUCCAUCGCGCUACUAGAAGACAUCAUUGGGCUGAGAGUAAAUGGGUCUGAGUCACAGUCCAGAAACUGAUUCUGGUCUGAAAAGUUUAACUCAACUAUAUUGAAGCGUUCUCAGUGAGUUCUAAGCCACACGCAGCCCGGUUUAGUUCCUCUUCACAUAUUGAUGUCAUUGCUAUGUGGUAGGUUUGGAUAUAAAGACAGGAAGUGCCUUAAGUCAAGUGAGCAGAAUGACAUGUGAAGCAUCAUCUGUAUUUAAACGUUAUGUGUGAAGAAAAAUCUGUUUUGUAUAGACUGAAAAAUGUGAGUAGUUUAAUUAUAACUUAGUAGUGAUUAUACAUGUUUUAGAUACAUGGCGUCAAUGCGAUUUUUAUGGUUUUCGUUUCAUCUGAAAAUCUCAUGUAUGUUUUAUUCAAUAUCACUGUCUUUGUUUCAAUUUCCUGUGUGUGCGUGUGCGAUAACAUCAGUAUGCGCUGACUGAACCUGAAUCUUGACCAGAAAAAAUAUAUUUAUUGAAUAAAAGUAAUUACAUAAUUUUUAAUAAAAAUGUCCCUGUUUGUGUUUUGA